AGCAUUUGAAGCACGAUGACACCUCCAAGCUUUGCUGUGUAUUUCACAUGCCUGUUCUUGGCAAAUAUGGCUCAUUUGUCAUCUUUGAAACAAUUAUCAUUAUAUUUUGAAUCAGCUGAUGUUGGGGACAGUGUGACUUUGCAGUGCGUCUGUCAGGAUGAUGAGGCAGUGAUGUUUUACUGGUACAAGCAAACUCUGGGUCAGAAGCCAAAGCUGAUGUCUACAUUAUAUAAACAUAACAACAACGGCAGCUUUACUGGUGAAUUUAACAAUCCACGUUUCUCACUGGACACUGGAAACAGGGAAAAUACCUUGAAGAUAUCACAUUUGCACAUUUCAGACUCAGCUACUUACUACUGUGUACGUAGCAACUUAUAUGAGUUUGAAUUUUGUGAGGGCACGACUGUCACUGUGCAAGAUUCAGGUUUGAACAUCCAGGCUUCGGUCCAUCAGUCCGGAUCUGAGACCAUCCAGCCAGGAGGCUCUGUGACUCUCAACUGUACAGUACACACUGGGACCUGUGAUGGAGAACACAGUGUUUACUGGUUCAAAGACUCUGAAGAAUCUCAUCCAGGACUCAUUUACACUCAUGGAGGCAGGAAUGAUCAGUGUGAGAGGAAAUCUAAUACACAACCACACAUUUGUGAUUACAACUUGCCGAUGCAGAGCCUGAAUCUUUCUCAUGCUGGGACCUACUACUGUGCUGUUGCUUCAUGUGGACGCAUACUGUUUGGAAACGGGACCAAGCUGGACGUUGAGGACGGUGCGAGCUCUGUUGUCUUGGUGUACUUCUUGAGCGGAGCUUUGGCGCUCACCUCCAUCCUGGUUGUUUUUUUGGCAUUCUCAGUUUACAAGAUUUACAAAAGAAACUUCCAAUGUACAGACUCAGCAACCUCUACUCCAAAUGCAGAGUUAUGUCAAGAUGCAGAAAACCUUCAUUAUGCUGCUUUAAAGGCUCCUACGGUCAACAGAUCGAGAAGACAGAGGGAUGACACCCUGGGUGAAUGUGUGUACUCCAGUGUAAGGCAGUAGAGCUGGACGUGUUUCAUCUCUUCUUCGUUGGAAUUAUUUUUUGAAUCACCAGCAUUUCUGUCAAUAUGAUUUCACCUACAUUUGCCUUUAAAUAAACUAAGCUCCUAAAUUAAAAAAAAAAAACCCCACCUGUCUUCUGUUAGAGGGCAAAAGUCGUCACAGAGUAACCGCAGAGCAUUGUUUGUGGGUUGUUUAUUCUACAUGUUGCCACAAACACAGAUAUGCAAGAGGCUUUUUAUAACCUCUGUGCAGUUGACAGUAAAAGAGAAGAUCUCAGACCCUGUCAUGUUUCUGUCUUUGUCUCUGUGGUUUCCAGGAGACUACAUCAGUAGACUGAGGUCGGUUUGUUGUCUGUGCUACCAGUCACACACAAACUAUAUUCAGACAGGUGAAUAUGAAAUUAAACUAUCAGGGAGAAAGUCAUUGAGUCAGUGUGUGUGUGUGUGUGUGUGUGUGGCUUUACAGUAGAUUAGAAUAAAAUCUUUGUGGCUUUUUAAGUUCAGCGCAUUCAGUUCGCUGUGGGCCUGACAUGAUGGAAAUCUGCUUUGAGCUUGCGCAGCAGUCACUGUUAAUGCGUUUACACGCCAGCAGAGAAGGCUGUGAUGUCAACUGCAGGACUUCAGUGGUGUAGGUGUGUGUCCACCCACUGACAGCGGUGGAUGGAUUACAUCAUACAAAUAGAAAACAACAGUUCAUUAAUCAUUAAUAGUAGUAUUGCUCUUAUUUAUAAUUAGUGUAGUUCCUCCAAAUCAUAUUUCCGGUAUACGUGGCGACAUAACCACGUUUUAAAAAGCUUAGCUGCAGGAAUUGAAGAGUUACGGAGGCAGGCAAAUUUAGGAGGACCUAAAAUAAAGAUAGUUUCAAUCAAGUUUGUUCAAGAGGGAGAGAAAGUUAGUAAGACAACAAGGAGGCAAGGCAGCUUAGAGGAUGCUUGUGAUUGGGAAAUGGAGGUAGAUUUAGGAGGAAAGCUUGUUGUUCCCCAGGAAAUAGCCAGUACAAAGCUAAGGCCUGACAUAGUCUUGUGGUCUAGGAGUAGAAUGAGAGUAUAUUUCAUAGAGCUGACUGUUCCGUGGGAGGCUUCAGUUUUAGAAGCAUAUGAAAGGAAGAAGCUCAGGUAUGCAGAGUUAGGGGCAGAAGCAGAGCAGCGAGGAUGGAAAGUUAGGAUUUGUCCAGUGGAAGUAGGAUGUAGAGGAUUUGUAGCAAGGUCUGUUGUUUCUUUGGUGAGGGAGUUAGGAGCAAGUGGACAGAGUGUGAGGAAAAUAGUAAAGGACAUGUCAGAUGAGGCAGCAAGAUCCAGUCAGUGGAUUUGGAUGAGAGGAAGUAAUGGUAGCUGGGGGCCCAGCAGGGGGAGCACUUAGGAUAGACAGACUCUUGGGGGAAGCAAGGAAGAAAUCCAGGAAGAGGAAGUGUUUUUAAGUAGGGGGUGUGGCCUGUGUGAGCCUCUUUGAGACCAUGCGGUUAGUCCAGGUGAGGUGGCCUGUAUUGUUUGCUUGUAUUGUUUGAAUUGGUUUGUAGUGUGUCUUUGGCUGUUUAGGUGAGUAUGUUUGUUUUAGGUGAGUUGAAUGGUGUGGUGUUGGAGAGCGGAGGGGGGGGGGUGUGUCGGUGUCGUGGGACCAACUACACGAAACAUUGGUGAAAGCAGGUUCUCACCUGAUGACCCCAAAGACAUGUUAGUUAUCACUGCUCAUUAGUCUGUAUAGCUAAAUUAAUAGUUAUCAUAGGACAUGUUAAGCUUAGGGAGCUAUUCACUGAGUCUGGGCCAUUUUCUGUAGCACACGUUUCUUGUGUUUACCUUAAAACAGUAAUGAACCUUCAUUUUUUCGUUUAUAACAGACUGAAGUGUGUUUAAAGCGUGUGGACUAGGUUUCUGAGGCUGUUUUGAAUAUAACUGAUAUUGUUAUUGACAUAAAGAGAUAUGUGUAUGGUGCAACUAUCAAAGUUGCAUUUCUUCCAUGAGUCACAUGUUGCAACUUCAUCACAGAAACAGGAUAAACCUUUCAGUGUCAGCGUAGCAUUCUUGUGGUCAGCAGUCAGAGAAGAGAUCUUUCUGUAUAUUGGUAGAGUUGGGUCACGUGCAUGUGUCUAAGAGCCUUUGUGUUUGUAUGUAGGUGGUUUGAGGCAGGAUGUCCUCAUUUUGUUGCAAAGAACCAGUGGAACUCCA